AUGGAUGUUAAAACAUCAGCAGAGUCAAGAAAUGUAACUGAAUUCACUGUCAGCAAGGAUCCUGAACCAAAUAAUGAAUUGAAUGACUUGUGGAAUAAAUUUUAUGCAGAAGCUGUUAUCAAUGCAAGUUUUUUCUCAACUGAAAAUAUUACUCGUUUAGAUACCAAGCUGCAGUUACUAGCCCUUAGGGACAAGGGCCCAAGUGUCUUAAGUCAGAAGAAGUUUGUUCAUUUACAAAAUGUCUUAGAUCAAAUGAGCACUUUGUACAGCACAACAACAGUAUGUCUACCUGAAGAUCCAUUAAAAUGUCUUCCCUUGCACCCAGGUUUGGAUGCCAUCAUGAAAGAAAGUAGAGAUUACAAGCAAAGAUUGUGGGCCUGGGAAGGUUGGAGAGUUCAGCUUGGCAAGAAGAUGAGGCCACUUUAUGAGGAAUAUGUAGAUUUGCAAAAUGAAGCAGCUAGACUGAAUGGUUAUUCAGAUCUUGGUGAUUACUGGAGAGCAAAUUACCAAACCCAUGAAUCUGGGAAAUAUGCAUACAGUCGUGAUAAUCUGCUUAGAGAUGUUGAGGAGACUUUUAAACAGAUCCAGCCAUUGUACAGAGAACUACAUGCCUAUAUUAGAGCAAAGUUAUAUGAAGUAUACGGUUCAGAACAUAUUAGUCUAUCUGGGGGACUUCCUGCACAUUUAUUAGGUGAUAUGUGGGGAAGAUUUCUGACAGACUUAUAUCCUUUGGCUGUGCCUUACCCAGACAAGCCAACCCUUGAUGUAACAAAUGCUUUGGUUGAGCAGGGUUGGACUGUAAAGGAAAUGUUUAAUGCAACAGAACAGUUUUUUGCAUCUGUUGGUCUGCCUAAAAUGAAUGAGAAUUUCUGGAAUAACUCUGUGACUGAACAUCCUGGUAGUGGCAGAAACGUUGCAUGCCAUCCCACUGCAUGGGACCUAGGAAAUAGAAAUGAUUUUAGGAUAUUAAUGUGCACAGAAAUAACUAUGGAUGACUUUUUAACUAUUCACCAUGAGAUGGGACACAUUCAGUACUACAUGGCUUAUGCACAUCUUCCAUACCUGUUACGAGAUGGAGCAAAUGAAGGCUUUCAUGAAGCUGUAGGGGAGAUCAUGGCACUGUCCGCUGCCACACCACCUCACUUAAAGUCACUUGGCCUCCUACCUAAUGACUUUGUUUGGGACAAUGAGACAGACAUUAAUUUUCUGCUGAAGCAAGCUCUAACAAUUGUCGCCACAUUGCCAUUCACUUACAUUCUGGAGCAAUGGCGAUGGAAAGUGUUCAGCGGGGACAUUACAAAAAAACAUUGGAUGAAAGAAUGGUGGCAAAUGAAACGUGACAUUGUUGGUGUUGUAGAACCUCUGCCACAUGAUGAGACCUAUUGUGAUCCUGCUGCCCUUUUCCAUGUGGCCAAUGACUACUCCUUCAUCAGGUAUUAUACCAGAACUAUUUAUCAAUUCCAGAUUACCGAAGCGCUAUGUAAAGCUGCAAAUCACAGUGGCCCAGUUCAUAGAUGCAUCAUCACUAAUUCCACAGAAGCUGGAAUGAAACUAAGAGACAUGCUUCAGCUCGGAAAGUCUACAUCCUGGACGAGAGUCCUAGAAAAUAUAACUGGAGACACACAAUUGAAUGUAAAACCACUACUCCAUUACUUUGAGCCAUUGUACAACUGGCUGAAAGAAAACAACCAAAAAAAUGGGAGAACUGUAGGCUGGAAUCCAGUGUGGGACCCUUACUCCAAACAUGCUACCAAAGUUCGUAUCAGUCUAAGAAGAGCACUUGGAGACAGUGCUUACCAGUGGGAUGAUUCAGAAAUGUUUUAUUUCAAAUCAACUGUGGCUUAUGCUAUGAAAAAGCAUUUUCUGGAAACUACAGGCCAAUCACUGGACUUUGUUGCUAAUGACGUGUGUACCUAUAAUGAGAAACCGAGGAUCUCAUUCUAUUUUGUUGUCGCCAAUUCAACUAACAGAAUGAGCAUUAUAAAUAAAACAGAAGUGGAGAAAGCUAUCAGAAUGUAUCGAGGGAGGUUCCACAGUGCCUUCUCACUGGAUCACCACAGUUUGGAGUUUCUGGGUAUUCAGCCAACUUUAGAACCCAUGCGAGCAGAGUCCAGUCCCUGGCUAAUCAUCUUUGGUAUUGUUGCUAGCUUGGCAGUAUCUGGAAUCGUUGCCAUAAAUGUCAGUGGCCUCAAAGAAAAAAGACCAAAAACGCAGUAG